ACGUCUAGGGUAAAGGGAAUCUGGUUGUUUGUGUACAAUUGUUCACCAUUAUAAAAUAAAUUUAAGUACAUAAUUGAACGUUACUACUUUAAAAUAAUUGGAAUUUUCAUUAUUCGUGACUUUAUGUAAUGUGUAAAUUAGUUUGAUAAGGGUUUAUUUGGGAAGAAAAUCGUUCAGAACGGAAAUCGGCUUUGGCUAGUGAUUGGGAAGCUUGACAAGUGCUGCAGCUGCUGUAUCGACCUUGGCUGGCUGAUGAUGGCAGGGAAGGCUUGGAGGUCAGCGGUGUCAUGGGUGGUUGGAGCUUUGAAGAAAGAGACUCCACAACCCAGGACGUUCACCCGUGGGAUUCAAACUGUUACUUUAAUCCCUGGCGAUGGGAUUGGCCCAGAAAUCUCCACUGCUGUUAUGAAGAUAUUUGAAGCAGCUAAAGCACCUAUUCAGUGGGAAGAGAGAAAUGUUACAGCCAUCCAAGGACCUGGUGGCAAGUGGAUGAUCCCUCCUGAUGCCAAAGAAUCGAUGGACAGGAACAAAAUUGGCCUAAAAGGUCCUUUAAAGACACCAAUAGCUGCUGGCCAUCCCUCUAUGAACCUGCUGCUGAGGAAAACCUUUGACCUGUAUGCCAAUGUGCGCCCCUGUGUGUCUAUGGAGGGCUACAAGACUCCCUACACUGAUGUGAACCUGGUCACCAUUAGGGAGAACACUGAGGGAGAAUACAGUGGGAUUGAACAUGUGAUUGUUGAUGGAGUUGUACAGAGUAUUAAGCUCAUUACAGAACAAGCCAGCCAACGCAUUGCAGAGUAUGCUUUUGAAUAUGCCAGAAAUAAUCAGAGGGCCAGUGUUACUGCUGUUCACAAGGCCAAUAUUAUGCGCAUGUCAGAUGGGCUUUUCCUUCGAAAAUGCAGAGAGGCUGCUGAAAAGCACAAAGAUGUCAAAUUCACUGAGAUGUAUUUGGAUACUGUGUGCCUUAAUAUGGUACAGGAUCCCACACAGUUUGAUGUAUUAGUGAUGCCAAAUCUGUAUGGCGACAUCUUGAGUGAUCUUUGUGCUGGACUAAUUGGAGGACUUGGAGUGACCCCUAGUGGAAACAUUGGUGCCAAUGGUGUUGCCAUAUUUGAGUCGGUUCAUGGAACUGCCCCAGAUAUAGCAGGAAAAGACAUGGCCAACCCCACCGCCUUGCUGCUCAGUGCAGUCAUGAUGCUGCGGCACAUGGGCCUGCACGACUACGCCAAGAAGAUUGAGACUGCUUGCUUUGACACCAUUCGAGACAGACAGGUUCUAACAAAAGACCUAGGAGGAAACUCCAAGUGCUCAGAAUUCACUGAAGCAAUAUGUCAAAGAGUGCGGAAUAUGGACUAAAAGGAUGCUAAAGGGGCCAGGAGUUAAUUGUUAGGGUUAAGGUCUCUUUAUCUCAAUAUGUCAUGUUGUAUCUGCACAUUUUAAACCAAAAUAUGUAUUAUUUUUAAAAAC